CAUAAUGAUAUCUACCACUACCUUUACUCUCCUUCUUAGCACACUUUUAGGUUCUUGCCAUGCAGGUGGAAAACUUUUAGUGUUUCUCAUUGAUGGACUUCGUCAUGACUAUCUGGAUGAUUUGGAAAGUUUGCCAGGCUUCCGGGCAUUUGUGGAAAAUGGGGUGAAGGUGGAAUACAUGACCCCAGAAUUCCCAAGUUUGUCCUAUCCAAACUACUACUCUCUCAUGACAGGCCGAAACACAGAGGAGCACCAGAUGACUGGGAACUACAUGUGGGACAUGGACUCUGACAAGGAGUUCCUGAUUGGCACCAACAUGGACAGCCGCCUGCCCCUGUGGUGGAACGGAUCAGAACCGAUCUGGGUCACCAUGGAGAAAUUGCAGAGGAAGGUUCACAUGUACCAUUGGCCAGGCUGUGAGGUAGAGAUCCUUGGAGUGAGGCCCUCCCUCUGUGUGCCGUACUUUCAAAAUGCCUCUGAGAAGAAUUUUACGGACGCUGUGGAGCAGGCACUGGAUGCAUUAAACCAAGACCAAGCAGACAUGGCAGCAGUGUACUUUGAGAAGGUGGAUGCAGUGGGACACUUUUUUGGGCCCAACUCCCUGCAGAGGCUUGGAACUGUCCUGGCAUUGGAUGCUGCCAUGCAAUUAAUCAACCAGACUAUAGAGGCGAAAAACAUGAGUGAGAAUCUCAAUAUUGUUAUGUUCUCCGACCACGGCAUGUCUGAGAUCAUAAACCUCAUCGAACUGGACAAACAUAUCAACCUCACUGACCUCAUCAAGGUCCUGGACGUUGGGCCGGUUGUGAGCCUGUGGCCAAAGCCGUCAAAGUUCGAAGAGAUAUUCACAGUUCUCAGUGCCGUGGGCAACAUGACAACUUACCGCAAAACCCAAAUUCCUGAUCGAUUCCACUACAAAGAGGGGAGGUUUGUCUCCACACUGACCCUUGUGGCCAACGAAGGCUGGAUCAUCACACCAAGCAUAUCUUACCUGCCUUUCCCAGCAAACCUCACUGGGGACAGGGCGUAUGGUGCACACGGCUAUGACAACACACUGACAGAGAUGAGGGGAUUCUUUGUGGCAAAAGGCCCAGAUUUCAAGAGCAACUUCACUUCCAAGGCAAUCAGAGCUGUUGAUGUCUAUAAUGUCAUGUGUCGCUCCCUGGACAUCGAGCCUCUGCCCAAUAACGGCUCCAUGAAGCAGGUCCAGGACAUGUUCAUCAGCACCUCGUCCUGUAGUACACGUGUAACCCAGCAAAGGUGUGUCCUGACGCUGUUGCUUCUGGUGUUGGGCUUUCUCCUGUAGGCAGGGCUGGGUUAAGAUGGCCAGGGCCCCCCAGAGUACAGGUUGAGGUAGGCCCCCACAGAACAUAAAUUCUGUCACAAAAUUGGGUAUAGUAGGGGGAAUUGUAAUUCUGUGCCAGAAAUGAAAGAUGACCACUUAAAUGUUUCCAGGCCGUCCAGAUUGGUGCCAUUGCCUGUUCCCUCACCGGUUAUGUUCGGAAGUUGAGUGCUUACCUAACCACCCAUAUUCAUAUCGGGAUCUGUACUUUCCUGCAUGUGACCAUGUGUUAAAUGGAUUAAUCUGCUGACGUCUAUGCUGCCCUACAAAGGCAAAGUGCAGUAACUACAACAACACUGAAACCAUAGUAUUGUAGUUUCUGCACAUUUGACAGCAAUAUUUCUUUGUCACGAGAUAAAGGAAGUGUAAUGAAGAUCAUUUUUGGUCCAAACUCAAUUUUGACAAUAUGUAGUUACUGCACUUUGUAGGACAAUAUGUUGUCGAGACAAUUCACAGAGGAAAACCAGGUAGGCCUAUAUCGAUUCACAUAAUGAAUCAGCUUUUUGUUUCUCGAACGUUCAGAUUUUUGGUGUAAACA